AUGAAAGCGGCUGGAGUUGAACCUGAUGAUUUCACUUAUCGGACUUAUAUUUAUGCCCUUUGCAGCAAAGGGAAAACUGAUUUAGCCUUUCAGUUAGUAAAGAAAUUGAAUAAGCCGCUGCUUAAUGUUUAUCCAUAUUAUUGUAUGAUUCGAAUUAUGGUAUUACAGUCGAAGCUACAAGAGGCAGAAGAUGUGUUUCUUGACAUGAAAAUUAGAGAAGUUGUCCCUGACGCAGAUUGUUAUGGCGAGUUAAUUCGAGGGUAUUGUCUGAAAGGGGAUACUGACAAGACAUUGGAUCUUUGUAAGGAAAUGGAAUCAGGAGGUAUUAAAACCGAUGGGAAAUUUGUGAGGCAGAUGAUGGAACACUUGUGGCGAAUAGGGAAGCUUGAUGAAGCUCUAUGCUUGUUCAAGCAUUUUACACAGCAAUCAAGGGUUUUCAUUGAUGAGGUCUCGUUUUGUAUUGCGAUUUAUGCUGCAUGUAAAGUAGGGAAAAUGGAUGAUGCCAUGGGGUUGAUAGAUGAGAUGAAAAGCAGGAACAUCAUGCCUGUUGAUAGGCAGGCACAAGCAGGGUUUCAAGUUCAGCAGGUUGAACCAAACGAGGGUCAAGGUGAAGGGGUGGAGGGUGUUCCAGAUGCAUGUGUUCAAUAUGAAGGUGUUCGUGAUGGAGCGGUUCAAGAUGCUAGGGACCAAGCUGCAGCGGGUUAUGCUGGACAGUUGAAUACUACCCAACAAAUUACUCUUGCACUACAGCAGUUGACUAGUCUCAAUGCCCUUCAUGCUGGGAUUUUGAAGAAGUUUAGGAAGUCUAAGUGGCAAGUGAAGAUGAAAGAUUAG